AUGCAACAACCAAAUGGUUCUCAACAGCAAGACUCCUCGUCUGUACAUCAUCAAACGAUAAACAACAACACAAAUGAGGCCUCUCCAUCACAGUCGUUUAGAUCAUCAUGUUGUUCCUAUUCAAACAUGACCGGAUCCUUCGGAGAAAUGUAUUACCGAUUGCUUAAGCGAUUCAGGACAGAACAAUUAGAAAAAGACUUGUACAAUCAUCAUGUGAUGAUUACCACAGAUUCCUUACUUCAUGCCUUCCACUACAGUUACAAAUCAAUUUUAGAGUCGAUUGAAGUGCAAAUAUUAUUUCCGAAAAGCAAACGACUCUUUGCCAAUCUAUAUGAGUUGAUGAAACAUACCUUUAUACCGCACCGAUUUUCAGCGUAUCAAAUACAAAACUCUCACUCCAAUGAAUUAAUACCGUCCAAUGAAUUUAGACCAUUAGGUCUCUUGGAGCAAGGAUUGCUUAUUAGUUGGUGUGGAAACACCCAUCUUGACCUUACAAACUUGAGACAAUUUACAUUAAUGCUGUUGUUAUGGCUUCUCAUAUGCGAGUCAAAUUCCCUCGAUAAGGAAUAUACGCAAAUUGAACAUUGUUUUACAACCAUGAUUGGUCCAGCAGACUCUGUAAAUUGUGAAGGAAUAACCAGAUUUUUAUUUGAUUAUUUUGGUCUGGAACAGAACGAGAUUAGUCUUAACAAGCUUGGUGACAAACUCUAUACAACACUAACUUUACCUGAUGGAGAGAAGGUUGUCCGAGAAAUGCAAAAUUACGCUCUCAACAAAAAAUUAGGAUUGAAUUAUAUUGCCAAUUCAACUCUAAAAUCAACUCAGGACGGAAUUGGAUAUGAAGAAAGUUUUACUUUUGCUUAUUUGGCCAAAAGUUCACUACUACUUCCACGAAUAAUUCCAACUGUGUUAGACCUUGCAUAUGCAAUAUUUGGAGCUGAAAACGUGGCAGAGAAUUUCAUUCGAAACACAGAUCCUUAUUUUGAUGUGGUAUUACCGAAAUUAAGAGAGUUGCGAAGUUCCCUGCAACAAUUAGAAUCCUGCAUGAUGCCUUCGAGCAUCCAUAACUUGUGGCUCCAAACCAUUCAGUCACUCAGCUCGUUCACAUCCGACGAUUUGUUUUCUUCGUGCCAAAACUAUGAAUUCAAAACUCUAAUCACUCAGUUUGCAUCAUAUUCCCAUUUAAAGUAUGACAGCUCACUUUUUGCUAAACAGCACAUUGAGACAGAUAUUGAACCCAUGCUACUCAAGGAAGUCUUUGAUAUUGAUACUGAGGCUUCUGAGUUUAAGAACAUUCAGUUUUUAGUUGACGGAAAUGUGCAAUUUUUCAACAAGUUUCUUUCAUUGUUACGGUUCUUGCAUGAUCUUCUGAAAAGUGACGAAAUGUUCAGCAAAAUGCCUAUUAGCGAAGAGGCUACCCUAUUUUAUGAUAAUUUCAUCAAGACCAUUCAAACACUCAUGAAUAUUCACCAAAAGCAGUGCCAAAAUCAAUCACUCUCGCAACAAGAAACCGCCUUCCUCUCAAAUAUUAUUUUCGCAGAAAAGACACUCUCAAUAUUAAUCAAAGACCUGAAAGUUUGA